GCUUUCACACUGAGACCCGAAAGCGUUACUUUUAUUUUUCGUUUUGUACCCAUCAGUCCUCUCUUCCUUCUCCUGUCUCUCCAAAUUACUUCUCUGUUUAAAACCCUAGAAUUUAAUCUCUUCCUUCAUCAUCGAGUUUUAUAUUCAUAUGUUAAUCGAUUUGGUUUGCAAGGUUUUUAAGGCUGGAAAUAUUGAUAGCGAGAUUGCACAUAAAGAAUGAGCACUCAGGCUCAGGGGGUGAGGGGCCCUACCUUAAGGGGGUACCGGAGGAGGAAGGCAAUGCUUGACUUGAAUUUGCUUCCAAAUGAAAGCAGGGAUCAGGAAGGAACUUCAACUCAGGAUGUGCAAUUUGGAGUGCCAACAAGCCAACAAGAGCAGCCUGUACCACCUACUACAAUUGAUGUUGAGGCUUUGGAUGAUGAUGUUAUUGAAUCUUCCCCCAGAGCUUUUGCUGAAGCUAAGAGUAAUGCCCAACGAAACAAUACCCAAAGAACUCAUGGAAGUACUGUUGUAGUUGAUGUGGAUUCAGGGCAAACAACUAGGUUGAAUUAUAAUAACCAUAACAAGCGCAGAAGAAUUCUACCAAACCAAACAAUUAUCAGUUGUGAGCAUUAUGUAAAUUUGGAAAGCAGUAGCAGCUCCAUGAGAGAGAAUGUACAGCCACCCCCCUCUCCUCAGCCUCCAAAGGAGCCAACCUUCAACUGUCCUAUUUGCAUGGGUCCAUUUGUUGAGGAGACAUCAACAAAAUGUGGGCACAUUUUCUGCAAGGCUUGCAUUAAGGCUGCAAUUAGAGUACAGGGAAAAUGUCCUACAUGUAGGAAAAAGGUUGCUGUUAAAGAACUUAUUCGGGUGUUCCUUCCAGCAACCAACUGCUUGUGAUGCUUAUGGUCAAUUUCUAUUUUAGCAGGGUUGAUAGGAACAGCUUUGAGAUAGAGAGAUGCAACAAUGGCUGUAGCAUGUUGGUGGGUUUAUUUUAUUUAAUUUUUUUUUCUUAUACUCGAAACUUGGAUUUCCUCUAACAUGUGCGGUUCAAAUUGAUAUGCCAGAAGGCAAUAGUGGAUUUUGUUUCGGGGUCAAAUUUAUUUCGAAUGGUUGGUUAGCUAAUUUAUCAGGUCAGAUAACAGAAAUCCUAUGAAAUUGAAAGUUUGUAGUUUAUUUAAUUUUAUAAUCCUAUUCAUGAUGAUUAAUAUAAACAUUUUCAGGACAGGUAGGGUAGAUUAAGUAUGAAGUGACAUUAGGACUUGAUCUGGUCACACAGGUAAUAGGUUCAUGUAUGAUAAUCAUGUAAGUGGAAUAAGGACUUUAAGUCCUUGAAUUAUUACGUUGCGCAAAUACUUUUAUCUUUUAGAGGAGAAUUUUUUGUUUUGGCC